AAACAGAAGAAAGCGGAACCUGCUUGCUCAUCAAAUUGAAUUCAUCAAACCAACGAACAACAUACAUACCAUAGUCUAGCAUCGUGAUAACCUUUUUCUUUCAGGGACAUAUUGUAAGUUUUUACCAUCUGCUUAUUGGGACAAUUUUCAGACGAUGUGUGCAAGACAAUAGUGAAGAUAAUAUAAUUUAUUUUAUUGAAGUAAAAAAUUCAGUAAAAAUUAUAUAAAAAUAACAAAAUAAGAAUUUAUUAUAUUCUAUAAACAAUAUAUGUAAUAGAUAUUUCUAAAGGAUAUUUCAUUAAAAAAAUGUCUGGUAGUAAUGAAAAUAUGAAUAAUAACACCUGUGUUGUAUGUUACAAAAAUGUUGACAUUUAUAGUAUUGGAAUGUGUGAACACCCUGUAUGUUAUGAAUGCAGUACUCGAAUGAGGGUGCUUUGUUGUCAAAAUGAAUGUCCUAUUUGUCGUCAAGAUUUGCCAAAAGUUGUAUUUACAAAGGAAAUAAAACCUUUUCGCCAAUUACAUAAAGGUAGUUUAAUAGAUACACGAUAUAAUAUCUAUUUCGAUUCAUCAGAUAUUCAAAAUAAAUUUUAUGAUUUAUUGGCUAAUGUUUGCUAUAUUUGCAAAGAGAAACUUGUAUUUAAUAAUUUUAAUAGUUUAAAAGAUCAUAUGAGACAUCAACAUGAAUUACAUUAUUGUGAUCUUUGUGUGGAAAAUUUGAAGAUAUUUUCUCAUGAAAGACGUUGCUAUACAAGAUCUGAUCUUGCACAACACCGAAGAAAAGGAGAUGUUGAUGACAAAAGUCAUAAAGGACAUCCAUUAUGUGAAUUUUGUGAUCAACGCUAUAUGGAUAAUGAUGAAUUAUUUCGUCAUUUGAGAAGAGAUCAUUUAUAUUGUCAUUUUUGUGAUGCAGAUGGUUUACAUCAAUAUUAUAGCUCUUAUGAUUAUCUGAGAGAUCAUUUCAGACAAGAACAUUUCUUGUGUGAAGAAGGCACGUGUAUUGAGGAAAAAUUUACAAGUGUUUUUAGAACUGAUAUAGAUCUUAAAGCACAUAAAGCAAGUGUUCAUAGUAAACAAUUGAGCAAAGCUGCUGCAAAGCAAGCAAGAACAUUAGAGUUAGAAUUUACACUAGCUCCACGUGGUGAAAAUCGAAUGAACAGAAGAGGAAUGUUAGGUCCAUCGACUUCUAGGAAUUCAAGAGAUUAUAGUCUCAGGGAAUAUCAACCAAUUUCGCCAAAUACUUCAAAUGUAUUUAUACCAAACAACGAACCUACUUUUAUAAAACGAUCUGUGGAUGUGCAAAGUACAGAAGAAUUUCCAACAUUGGGUAACACUGCACCUAUUGUACCUACAUUAAAUCAAAGUAAAGGUAGAGGUAAUGUAACAAUCCGUAGUACUAUAAGACCCCAGCCUCUUGCUGUUACAGACGAAAAUUUCCCCGCAUUAGGACCAGAAGCAGGAAGUACAAGUAUUUCUAAAACUGUUAACUUUAGUGUAUCCAGCACUAAUGCAACAGGAUCAAAUACACAACCUCAAAAGAGUACAACUUCUAAUGUAUCUAUUCAAGUUAAUCAUGAACCAAAUGGAACAGUUACUACAAAAGUUUCAGGUCCUAAUAUAAGAAUUCGUCCUGCUCAACUAUCAAUGGAAUCAUUUCCUGCAUUAGGUUCUGCUGAACCAUCAACUAGUAGUAAUACAAAUUCAGCUCAUUGGAAAGAGGUAUUACAAUGGACUUGUUCUAAAUCAGCAUCUACAUCAAUACCUAAAAAAGUAGUUUCACCACCAUUAAAUCCUUCUCCACCACCUAUUCAAUCUGGAGAAGAUUUUCCUACAUUAUCGAAAUCAUCUAGAUCAAAGAAACAAUCAACAAUUACAGUAGUUCCUUCUUGGGGUCAACCACAGAAUUCUAAUAACAGUAAUAGUAUAAAAACAACUACUGAUUUAAUAAAAGGAAAAACAAGAAAGAAAAAAGUUAAACAAAAUUAUAAUAAUAAUACUGCUAAUGGAAAUGAUGCUAAUAAUUCAAAAACAAAUAUAAGUUCUGUUGUAGUAAAAAAAGAAUGUGAAACACCUAGAAAUUUAUAUAGUAUGAAUAGAAUGGAUACUGUACAGUCAAGUUCACAGUCUACACGAAAUACGGAUAAUAUUAGUAAUAAUGAAAUUAUAUCAAAAAAUAUAAAUGUUCAAUCUUCAAAAGAAAUGGAACAAAUUAAUAAAAAAGAAAAGAAAAAACAUAAAAACAUAGAUAAUGAAACGGUUGUAAAUACAAAUAUCGGUAAUAAUACUUCAAACGGAGUACAGAGAAAACGAACUGAAUUAAAAAUAGAUAGUUUAAAUUCUAGCAAUAGAAAUGUCCGUCAUUUAGAAGAAUUUCCAGCUUUAAGUAGCAGCAGUUCUAAACCACCAGGCUUCACAAAUCCACCACCAGGAUUUGGAACAACAACUCCUCCACCUCCUGGUUUUUGUAUAAAAUAUAACAGCAUAGAUAAAUUACAUAAUAAUAAUGGAUUGACUUUUACAAACAGUUCUGGAGAAAGUUAUUCUAUUUUGCCAGAUAAUAGUAAACACAAUAAAGUAUAUAAUUAUUUACCUCCUCCAGAAUUUCAAAAACGGAAUAAAUGUCUUGUAGCCAAAGUAAAUGAAAUAUUAAUGCAACACGAUGAUCAAAUUGAGGAAUUUCGAUAUAUAAGUGGACUAUUUCGACAAGGAACAUAUAAUGCUCAAGAUUAUUAUAUGCAUUGUCGUGAAGUUAUGGGUCUCAGUGCUUUUGAAAAUAUAUUUCCAGAGCUUUUAGUUCUCUUGCCAGAUAUUGAAAAGGAACAAGAACUAUUUAAAGUUCAUAAAAAAGAAAGUGGUAAUAAAAUUAAAGGUUUAGAAAUUUGUACAACUUGUGGUCAAGUUUUAAAGAAUGGUUCUGAUUUUCGAACACAUAUGACUAAUCAUACAUUAGAAAGCCAUUUUCCUGCAUUGGGCAAAAAUAAUGGUCUGUCUCAAAAAUAUUCUUAGGUUUAUAAAUGAACAUAGUUAUGUUCCUUUAAUUAUCUUAAAAAUUUUGCCAAGGUUCUGUAAGCUAUAAAUAAAGGAACUGCUAAACAAAUUAUUUUUAUGAAUGGCAUCAAUGUAAGAUAGUUAUAAUCAAUUUGAAGUUAUUGGUAAAAUAUAAAUAUUCUAACUGUCAGCUUUUAGUAUUAAAAAGUUAUUUUGAACAAAUUAAUUACCAUGAUGUACUUGGUAUUUGUUCAAUGACCUGUGUGAUUGCUGCCUAAACUAAAGAAAAUUUAUCAUCAAAUGGUUGUAUGCACUAAUAAUUUUAUGAAAAUGCAUAUAGCAAAUAAAGUCAAUAAUUCUGUGUAUAAUAACAAAUUUUAUGUAAAUGAAUUUAAACAAUUUAACAUUUGUGACACAAAAAUAUCUAAAUAAGAUAUUCAUAUAUUAAAAUCUUUUAAUUGAUGCCCUUUAUUCUGUCGUAUGUUAAAACUACUUUGUAUAUAUUACUCAUAAGUAGGAAAUAUAUUCUGUAAUUUAUUCAUUGUCUUUUAUGAGUAGAAAUGGAAUAAAAUUUUAUGAUGCAUAAAAGUAAUAUUGCAUAUUAACAAAUUAUUUGAUACGUUAUACAUUAUACAGUGCAUGUAUGAUAAUGUACUGUUUUGUACUAUAAUAAAGUUACUACAUUGAGUUAAAUAAGAA